AUGUCGCAGUACAUCGGUAAAACUAUUUCUUUAAUCUCUGUGACUGACAACAGAUAUGUGGGGCUGUUAGAAGAUAUUGACUCUGAAAAGGGUACCGUGACUUUGAAAGAAGUUCGCUGUUUUGGUACAGAAGGUCGCAAGAACUGGGGUCCUGAAGAAAUUUAUCCGAAUCCUACGGUAUACAAUUCUGUAAAGUUCAACGGCAGUGAAGUCAAGGAUUUAAGCAUUUUAGAUGCUAACAUCAAUGACAUACAGCCGGUUGUUCCUCAAAUGAUGCCACCCGCUUCACAAUUCCCUCCUCAACAAGCUCAAUCUCCACCCCAGGCUCAAGCUCAAGCACACGUGCAAACAAACCCCCAAGUUCCAAAGCCCGAAUCCAAUGUGCCAGCAGCUGUCGCUGGAUAUGGUGUUUACACCCCAACUUCGACAGAAACCGCUACUGCUAGUAUGAAUGAUAAGAGCACUCCUCAAGACACCAAUGUAAACUCGCAAAGUAGGGAAAGAGGUAAAAAUGGUGAAAAUGAGCCAAAAUAUCAAAGAAACAAGAAUAGAUCAAGUAAUCGCCCUCCUCAAUCCAACCGCAAUUUCAAAGUCGAUAUUCCGAAUGAAGAUUUUGACUUUCAAUCAAAUAAUGCAAAAUUCACGAAAGGUGAUUCCACUGAUGUGGAAAAAGAAAAAGAAUUAGAAUCAGCUGUUCACAAGCAGGAUGAAUCUGAUGAGCAGUUUUAUAAUAAAAAAUCGUCUUUUUUCGACACCAUCUCCACUUCUACUGAAACUAAUACCAAUAUGAGAUGGCAAGAAGAAAAAAUGUUGAACGUUGACACCUUUGGACAAGCUUCUGCCAGACCAAGAUUUCACUCUAGAGGCCUCGGUCGUGGGCGUGGAAAUUAUAGGGGAAACAGAGGAAACAGAGGAAGAGGCGGCCAACGUGGAAACUACCAAAACAGAAAUAACUACCAAAAUGAUAGUGGCGCCUAUCAGAACCAAAACGACUCGUACAGCAGACCAGCCAACCAGUUUUCGCAACCUCCUUCCAACGUUGAAUUUUAA